AUGUCAAGUAUUUUGCCAAAUCAAACACUAUAUGUUCGAAAUCUAAAUGAAAAAACUAAUAAAGAAGAAUUAAGGAGAUCUUUGUAUGCUCUCUUUUCGGCAUACGGACGUAUUCUCGAUAUUGUUGCUUUGAAAACGAUAAAAAUGCGUGGACAAGCAUUUAUAGUUUUCAAAGAAAUUCAAAGUGCUACAGCAGCUAUGAGAGGACUGAAUGGGUUUAUGUUUUAUGAUAGAACUAUGCACAUAGAGUAUGCUAAAGGCAAAUCAGAUGCUAUUGCAAAAUUGGAUGGAACAUGGAAAAAAACUUCUUUACCGACGAAUCUAAGUUCACAACGCGUAGUAGGAACAGUUUCUUCGGCACCUGCAGUGAAAAGACAAAGAGAGGAAGAAUGGUUGGUAGAUCAUAAGCGAGCAGCGAAUGGAGGACGAAAAAACGAUAUAGAAUCGGAAUCACCUGAAAUAGAAAUGGAAGAUGAAACGGAAUUGCCAGCACCAAGAGUGGGGGCAAAUGCAGGUGCUACUGGUGCAAAUGAAACAGAACCACUCAAUAGAAUAUUAUACAUACAAAACUUACCACCAGAUGUAACGGAUGAGAUGUUGAGUUACUUGUUUGAACAGUAUCCUGGUUUUAAAGAAGUGCGUCUUGUUCCUGGUAAAUCAGAUAUCGCUUUCGUGGAAUAUGAGUCAGAUAAUCAAGCUGCUGUUGCUAAAGAAGUAUUGAACGGUUUUAAAAUCACCCACGAUAAAGAAAUGAAAGUGACUUUUGCAAAAAGGUAA